AUGGUCCCCCUCUCAAGUGACUACUAUAUUGGAAUCGAUGUCGGCACAGGGAGUGCGAGAGCAUGCAUCAUUGAUGACACCGGUGACAUUGUUGGCCUUGCUGCGGAAGAAAUUAGGACAUGGCAGCCAAAACCUGGAUACUAUGAACAAUCCACUGACAACAUUUGGCUUUGCAUCUGUAAAGCAGUUAAGCAAGCUGUCGCAGAAAGCCGCAUUGAUGUACACUUGAUACGAGGCAUUGGAUUCGACGCUACCUGUUCUCUAGCAGUGUUCGCCCACGACAGUGAUGAACCUAUCUCUGUCACCGGACCGAACUUCGAAAAUAAUAGUCACAAUGUGAUCCUGUGGCUCGACCAUAGAGCGGAGGAGGAGGUCAGGAAGAUUAAUUCCACAGGGCAUAAUCUGCUCAAAUAUGUGGGAGGCAAAAUGUCCAUCGAGAUGGAGAUUCCAAAAUUGUUAUGGUUAAAAAACCACAUGCCGAAGGAGUUAUUUAAUCGUUGCAAAUUCUACGAUCUUACAGACGCUUUGGAGCAUCUUGCCACCGGCAAUGAGAAACGAAGCUUCUGUAGUGUUGUAUGCAAGCAGGGCUUUGUACCUUUGGGCGUUGAUGGAAGCACCGUAGGGUGGCAAGAAGAUUUCCUGAAAGAUAUCGGUCUUGAAGAUCUUACUGAUGAUAAUUUUAAGCGCCUUGGAGGCGUUCACAAAAUCAAUGGCGAGUAUCUGUCCGCGGGUGAUCUCGCAGGCCAUCUUUGCCAACGCGCUGCCCAAGAACUCCAUCUCCCGGCGGGAAUUCCCAUCGGGAGUGGAGUUAUCGAUGCAUACGCCGGCUGGAUUGGCACUGUAGGUGCGAAGGUUAACGAUCUCGCCGAAGACGAUCUUGAUAUAUGCUUAUCACAGUCUUUCUCCCGUCUUGCUGCUGUUGCUGGAACGUCAACCUGUCAUCUUUUGAUGUCUCCUAAACCAGUAUUUGUUGAUGGUAUAUGGGGCCCCUACCGAGAUUGUCUCAUCCCAGGUUACUGGAUGGCAGAAGGAGGCCAAUCCGCGACUGGGCAACUGCUCAAACAUGUACUCGAAACUCAUCCAGCUUAUAAGCAGGCUAUCUUCCAAGCAAAUUCUACUAACAUGGACAUAUACGAUUUUCUCAACACUCAUCUCGCGGGCAUGAAAGAGACUACUUCUGCGCCGUCUAUCGCAUAUCUGGGUCGAUACCUCUUCUUCUAUGGCGAUCUAUGGGGCAAUCGGUCACCAAUUGCUGACUCCGAUAUGUCUGGAUCGAUUGUAGGCUUAUCCGCAGAUGUCAGCCUUGAAAACCUCGCACUAUACUAUUAUGGAACAAUGGAGUUCAUUGCACUUCAGACAUCCCAUAUUGUGGCCAAGAUGAAUGAGUCUGGCCACGAUAUUCGCUCUAUUUUUAUGUCCGGCUCUCAGUGUAAGAACAAUAUUCUAAUGUCACUCAUUGCAACGGCUUGCAAAAUGCCCGUCGUUAUUCCCCAAUAUUCUCAUGCAGCGGUCUGCCAUGGUGCCGCAAUUUUAGGCGCUAAAGCCGCAACGGCGGACAAUACUGGGAAGACGGAAAUGCUAUGGUCGAUUAUGAAAAGGAUGAGCAAGCCUGGACGGGUCAUCAAGCCAACGCAGACACCAGGGGUCAAGGACUUACUAGAGGUGAAAUAUAAGGUGUUUCAUGAACAGUGUGAUAGGCAGAGAGCUUUUAGAAUGAUGGUCGAUAGUAUUCUCAACGAUGCCCUAUGA